GCGGAGCCGCACAUCAACAGAACUGGUCGAAAUCUGCGAUGAGUUUUGAGUGGCCCUGGCAGUAUAACUUUCCUCCAUUCUUUACAUUGCAGCCAAAUGUUGACACAAGACAGAAGCAGCUGGCGGCCUGGUGUUCGCUGGUUUUGUCCUACUGUCGACACCGCAAACUCUACACCCUGGACGUGCUCGAAGCACAGGAGAGCCCCGUAUUCAACAACAAGAAAAUCGAGAGAAAACUUUCAGUGGAAGCCAUACAAGUAGUUUUUGAAGAGUUGAGAAAAAAAGGAAAUCUGGAAUGGUUGGAUAAGAAUAAAUCACGAUGUCUUAUCAUGUGGAGGAGACCCGAGGAGUGGGGCAAGCUCAUCUAUCAGUGGGUUUCCAAGAACGGGAUGGUCAACUCUGUGUUUACACUUUAUGAACUCGCUAAUGGAGACGACACGGAAAAAGAAGAGUUUCACGGGCUAGAGGAUUGGAUGUUGCUGCGUUCACUACAGGCCCUGCAGACUGACGGGAAGGCAGAAAUCAUCACUGUGGAUGACGGAAAAGGAGUCAAAUUCUUUUGAAUACGAAUUUCUCAAGUCAGACUUUGGGAUUUGCGACUGGGUUCUGUCACGAGUUCAUUCGGAUGCUUUCAGGACUCGAUAUGUUACACUCCACUAUUAAAUCUGUCAUUAUUUGGCACAAACUAAAUUUUAAAGGGAUAAUUCCCCCAAAA